AUGUCAGGUUGUUUACCAUGUACCAAACUUCGUCCUGAGCUUUCUCUCUUGAACGAAUGUUAUCCCCCUCCUAAAGCUCUUCUUCAAGCAGGACCGGAUUACAGACCUUUAUCUCAAGAUCUCAGUAAGCUCACUUAUAGUGCAAAGAAUAAAAGUAGUUUGUUACCUAAGAUAGGUGACGAGUUGGAGAAAAGAGUUGUGAAGGAAGCUGCUAGAUCUACGGGGGGUUAUACGAGGUAUAGAGCCUCCCUCCUCAUAUCCCUCGCCAUACUCAAAACCCUCAUCAUCGAAUGUAAAUCCGACUUAGCUCUCUUUUCUCGUCCCAUCAUCCGCAUAGUCUCCAUCGCUCUCGAUGUCAAGGUAUACCAACAAAACACCCUAGAUCUAGAAGUUGCAGGACGCGCCGCAUCUUCCUUCAUAGCAUUCUGCACUUUCACCGACGGUAACUCUCUCGCUUCCGACCCUUCUCUCUCUUCCACUUAUCUCACUGUUUUACGUAAAUUCGGUGUUAUGGCCAUCGACCGUGGCAUCAGACCAUCCCCUGCCAACUCCAACAACAACGAAAAACAACCUUCCGAUAGUGAAUUACGAAACCGGACCCGUCUUAUCGCUCUUGCCGCACUGAACGGAGCAGCCUCUUCAGACGCUCUUUUCUCUUCAGUCUCAGAAUUUCCGAAACAAGUAAACCUAAUCGUACCCCCCCUCAUGUCCAACGUGUUCGAAGGUACUAUGUCAGACCUCAAGUUGCAAACUGCCAAGAUAGAAAUGGACGCUUCACCUUCACCUUUUUUCUCCGAGUUUUCCGCCAGAAGACCGGUCAACGAUCGUAGAGCUCCAUCUUUACAUGCUCACAUUCCUGGUGAAAAAGGUCCAUUGGCGUCUGACGUUAUUCAAGCCGCUCAAAGAUUAUUACGAGCUCUUCUGGCUCAAUGCCAAGUGACCCAAGCUUCUCAUGUCCUCGAUGCCGUCUUUGUGUUUCUCGACGGGACAGGUUGGACAGAUGUUGAACGAUGUUGCUGGUUGGCCGAACGAUCCACCGCAGCCAUGUCGCUUCAAUACAGGUUUGUAGUGCCGACAAAAAUUGUUGAACUUCUCAUGGACAUGCCCGACGGACCUGUGACGCACAAGCACACGACAGCUUUGGCCAUGGUGACUACCAUUCUGAAUUCUCACACUUCAUUGGUUGGGUUGGCCGUUACGGAUCUUUGUAACUCGCUCACUACCCUUAUCAUCCGACGUAUUCAUCGUGACCCUCAUGACGCUCUUCUUCCGCCAUUGGUGCAAUGUAUAUCCUCGCUCGGUACACACAUCUAUUACUCUGAUCAGAUAAACGACGUCGUCGAAGAGAUCGCGAUACGUAUUUCACAAGUACCUCAAGCAGAUAAAGAACGAGCUGAAAUACUUCGAGUCCUCAUUCAUUGCAUAUCUGGUCUCAUGACAACUGCUAGACUCGCGGAUGAAAGCGAAGCUAGAUUGGCAAUACCUUUUGAGUCAGGUGAUAAAGGCAAAGCCCCACAACUAGAUACACCUCUGGAGGUUCCUCGAUUACGGACCGGUCGACGAAAUCCAAUCUCUCCUGAAGUUUGGCAAGAAACUCUGGCCUUGUUAUGUGAAUCAUCUUUCCCUGUCCGUGCGGCUUAUGCGAGAGCUCUUCUCUUGUAUCUUGAACAUGAGAUCCCUAAAGGGAAAUCAACCGUUCGACCAAACGACAUGACAGGAUUCAGAUUCUGCAACGCUCUUUACGCCGCUAUAUACACCCUUGCCAUGUCGUCAUGUUUAGGUCCAGGUUCACCUGACCCUAGUCCUUCUGCUACUCCUUCACAAACACCUCAACCUGUGCAACUCCCACAAAUCGAUCAGCCCACACGUGCCACGUCGCCGGUGGUUGGUUCCAAAGAAAAAGGAGUCAAAUUCGAUGUUGCUGAGCCAACUUUGACAAUCAAUGAUUCCCCAUCUCACACUUCGAACACAGACUCUCCAACUCCUAAACGACAAUCUACCGGACCAGGAGUGAACACUCCCCCUCUCAACGGAACUUCUACUCCUCCCAAGAAAACCUUCCGAGCAUCUCGCAGAGUUUCUCUUCCUCUCAACAGACUAAACUCCUCAGCCGUGUUGAGCUCUCACGAAAAUGUCGCCACACCAUUCGAUUUCUCUUUCAUCCUAGCUAUCCUCAAUGCUGUUCAUACCGCUUUACCCGUUCCAGCGCUCAUCACCGGUAUACCGAUGCUUUUGGCUCUGGACAGAGAUGCAGGACAAGAAUUAGUACGUAGGACAAACGACGGACGGGCCGGUGCAUGGGUUUUAGAACGUAAAAGAGCUAUAAGAGAGACCGUUUGUUUGGCAUGGGAGAUGGUAGGGAAGAAAUGGAACAUUCAACAGGUUGUGGAUAUUGCCAACGCUACCCUGAACCUCUUACCGGAACCUCUGGUCGUACCUACUCUCAGACCUAAGGGAGAGGGCAUAUUACCUGGACAGGAAGAAACUGCACCGUUUUAUCCUUUCCCGAAUGAAGGAGAAACGAGCGCUACGAGUCUUCCUUUGAUAGAUCCGGAUAAUAUGUUGGUUUCUUUGAGUGGAGCGGUGAAUGUGCAGAAUAUCACUGGGAGAGAGGCGACGGCGUUGUUGAAAAGAUGGAAGAUGAGAUGGACUGUGGAAGGUGCUUUGAAAGAUUCCGUGGAAAGGUUCAGCUCGGCCAAUAUCCAUCCUACCCCAGACGCUCACCUCGACAUAGCAAGAGUCCUCAUGACAGCUGAUAACGCAUCUUUUCAAUCCCUCUCCAGACCCAUACCACGUCCCAUCGACGUCACGGAUCUGAGGGAAGCUUUAGGAGGUAGAGCGGCAAGUAUAGACGGAUCGGCACCUCCCAGCUUGACGAGUUUGGAUACCAGGUCAGGAUCGAGGGCGCAGAGAGGGGGUGAAGUCAAUGGGAAUGUGAAUGGACGUAGCCGAUCGGGUGAAGGAGGGAAAAGGGGACAGGCUGAUGUGAAAGAGGUACUGAAGGAGAUCUUUAAGGAUAGACGGAAGGCUGCUCAAAGGGCGGAAAAGGUUAUAUAGGGUGGACGGUGGUUGGGUCCUCUGCAUGUUGUCAAGACACAUUACUGGAAGUGGUCAUUUUUGGCAACUAUUCGUACUCGUUACUAACACAUUUGAUGGUGAGAAUGCAUAUUCCAGAUUACGCUUGG